UCCCAGACCCUAAAACUCCUGGGAACAGGGGAGGUUUGGGCACUCCCAGACUCCCAAAAUCCCGGGAAAAGGGGGUUAUUGGGCACCCGCGGCCACCCAGAACAUCAUUCCAACGCAUCCAGAUCACCUUAAAUGCCAGCUCCAGGAAUUCGGGACCCCCUCAAAACCCACCUUGGACCCCCCCCAGCCCUGGGGCUGCCGCGGGGGCCCCCAACGGCCCUCAGCCAAUCCCAAAGCGCCCACGCCGCCCGCGCCCAAUCCCAGCGCACCGCGCUGAUGACUCAUCAGUCGCCGGGAAGACCAGGCUCCAACACGGCCCCAAACCGCCGCCGGCCUUUGCCCUCAGCCAAUCCGAGUGCGCCCAAAAAGCCCCAAAACGGCGCCGCCCGGCUGGUUUUGGGCUGUCAGCAGCUGUCCGGCGCUGGGCAUGGAGCGUGUGCGGGGAGCUGGGGCCGUGCUGGCGGUGCUGGUGGUGCUGGGAGCCCCCCCGGCUGCGGGCGAGGAGCUGUCGGGGGUGUUCCACGACAUGUUUAAAUACGAGUGUCACUUCAUCAACGGCACCGAGCGCGUGAGGACCAUACUGAGGCGCAUCUACAACCGGGAGCAGUACGUGCACUUCGACAGCGAUGUGGGGGUGUUUGUGGGGGACACCCCGCAUGGGGAGAAGGUUGCCAGGGAAUGGAACAGCGACCAGGACAUUCUGGAGUACGUCCGGUCUCUGGCAGAUGGGUGCUGCCGGCACAACUACAAGUGUUACGGCCCGUUCAGCGUGGAGAGGAGAGCUGGGCCCACCGAGCUCACGCCCCUCAGCCAAUCUCAGCGCGUCUCUCUGAUGACGCUCCAGUUGCCAGGCAGACCCAAAACAAAGAGUUCCCUCCCCAGGACUCAGCCUCCCAGGCCCGAUCGCUUCCUUCCCAGUCCACACCAGUCACUCCCAGUCCUUCCUGCUCACUUCCAGUCCCUCUCACUUCACUCCCAGACCCUCACAGUCCAUUCCCAGUCGUUCUCACUGCACUCCCACAUCUCCCAACUCUCUCCCCAGUGCCCCCCCAGCCCAGCCCCUUCUCCCCCACUCUAUUCCCAGUCCCUCCCACUGCCAUCCCAGUCCCUCCCAACGCCCUCCAAGCCCUCUGCCCUCCCUCCCAGUGCCCCCCAGCUCAGCCCAGUGUCUCCCCCGUCCCUCCCAGUGCCCCCCAGCGUGUCCAUCUCGCUGGUGCUGUCGGGCUCCCAGCCCGGCCCCGGCCGCCUGCUCUGCUCCGUGAUGGAUUUCUACCCUGCGCCGGUGCAGGUGAGGUGGUUCCAGGAUGGGCAGGAGCUGCCGGAGCACGUGGUGGCCACCGACGUGGUCCCCAACGGGGACUGGACCUACCAGGUGCUGGUGCUGCUGGAAAUCCCCCCCCGGCGCGGGGUCACCUACAGCUGCCAGGUGGAGCACGUCAGCCUGGAGCACCCCCUGAGCCGGCACUGGGAGAUGCCACCGGACACCGUCCGCAGCAAGAUCCUGGUGGGGGUCGGGGGCUUCGUCUUGGGCUUGGUCUUCCUGGCGCUGGGGCUCGGCUUCUACCUGCGGGAGAAGAGCUCCUGA